GGAAGGAAGGAGAGAGAGAGAGAGAGGGACCCUUGCCUCCGCUCCUUUUCCUCCUUUGGCCUCCCGCUCCCAUUGAGAAGAGGAAGAGGAAGGAGGACAGGCAGGAGCUGGGCCUGGGGGGAAGGCGCCCCCCGCCCGGACCUAGGGCAGCAACAUGAGUGAGCAGAGCAUCUGCCAAGCACGAGCUGCUGUAAUGGUGUAUGAUGAUGCCAAUAAGAAGUGGGUACCAGCUGGUGGAUCUACUGGAUUUAGCAGAGUUCACAUAUACCAUCAUACAGGCAACAAUACAUUUAGAGUAGUUGGCAGGAAGAUUCAGGAUCAUCAGGUUGUGAUAAAUUGUGCCAUUCCAAAAGGACUGAAGUACAACCAAGCAACACAGACUUUUCAUCAGUGGCGGGAUGCCAGACAAGUGUAUGGCCUCAACUUUGGCAGUAAAGAAGAUGCCAAUGUUUUUGCAAGUGCCAUGAUGCAUGCCUUAGAAGUGUUGAAUUCACAAGAUUCUGGUCCAACGUUGCCUCGACAAAAUGCACAACUUCCUACACAAGUGCAAAAUGGUCCAUCACAAGAAGAUAUAGAAAUUCAGAGGAGGCAGCUGCAGGAGCAACAACGACAAAAAGAGUUGGAAAGGGAGAGGCUGGAACGUGACAGAAUGGAGCGGGAAAGGCUGGAACGGGAAAGACUAGAACGAGAGAGGCUGGAGCGAGAAAGACUAGAAAAAGAAAGACUGGAACGAGAUCGAUUAGAACAGGAACAACUGGAACGGCAGGAGAGGGAGCGACAAGAACGAGAUCGGCAAGAGCGCCUUGAAAGAGAAAGACAAGACCGGGAACAAUUGGAAUGGGAAAGACAGGAAAGAGAACGGCAAGAACAACUAGAAAGAGAACAACUAGAAUGGGAAAGGGAAAGAAAACUCUCAAAUGCUGCUCCAUCUUACGACAACUCCCCGUAUAGUACUUCACUUCCUGAAUACUCCAGUUGCCAGCCUCCUUCAGCACCACCUCCUUCAUAUGCUAAAGCAAUGUCAGACUCUACUCCAGAUUACGCUGUAGUGACUGCUGCACAGCCUGUGUCCUCUCCCCCAACGCCACCCCUAAGGCACUCCGCGUCACGUUUUGCUACGUCUUUGGGCUCUGCCUUCCACCCUGUUCUUCCCCAUUAUGCCACAGUUCCUCGUCCAGUAAACAAAAAUUCUCGACCACCUUCACCUGUGAACCCCCCUGCCUCUUUGCCCCCAAGUUCCAAGACUACUACUUGGUCUGCUUCUAGUUUUGCACCUCUUCCCCCAUCUCCUCCAGUCAUGAUUAGCAGUCCUCCAGGCAAAGCCACUGGCCCGAAGCCUGUUCUCCCAAUCCCUGUUAGUGCUCAGUUAUCCCAAAUGUCGCCAUCCCCUACUGCGCCCAAUGGUCUUCCAGAAUUGGCAAAUUAUCCAGCUCCUUCGCCACCUACCUCAGGUCCAACGCCGCCACCGCCGCCACCUUCCUUUCAGCCUCUCUCAUUCUCUGGACCUCAAGUUUCCUCUCCGAGCUCCCCUAAUGCCUCGGCUCCCUCAUCCAAGCCUAGUGUUCUCCCUUCUCCUUCUGCAGCUCCCCCUGCCUCUGUUGAGAACUCUCUAAACUCUGUGCUGGGAGACUCCUCUGCUUCUGAGCCAGUCUUGCAGACAGCCUCUCAGCCGGUUGAACCUCCGUCCCAGCAGGGUGUUGUACAAGGACCACCUGCACCUCCGCCCCCGCCCCCUCUUCCUCCUGGCCCCGUCCAGUCUCCACCAGCAGUCCCUCCUCCCCCUGGGCCACCCCCACCACCUCCUCUUCCGCCAUCAGGGCCACCUCCCCCUCCGCCUCCACCCCCACUUCCCAACCAGGUCCCUCCUCCACCUCCUGCUCCUCCCCUCCCUGUCAGUGGUUUCCCCAAGGGGUUGAUGUAUGAAGAUCACCGUCCCAUAACAGGACUAGCAGCCGCCCUUGCAGGAGCCAAACUGAGAAAAGUAUCACGGAAUGAAGAGUCUCCUAAUCCAAGUGGAGGAUCAAGCUCUGCCUCACCUAAAACAGAUAGUGGCCGUGGGAAUGGCCCACUUCCCCUUGGAGGAAGUGGUUUAAUGGAAGAGAUGAGUGCACUGUUGGCAAGAAGGAGAAGAAUUGCCGAGAAGGGAUCGACAGAAGCAGAACAAAAAGAAGAAAAAAGUGAAGAGCCAGAGCCUUCAGUUUCCAAGCCUCCUUCAACAAGCACACCUGAACUAACAAGAAAGCCCUGGGAAAGAACAAAUACAAUGAAUGGAAGCAAGUCACCCGUUAUCUCAAGACCAAAAUCUGCUUCAACUGGGCAACCCAGUACCAAUGGAGUACAGACUGAAGGACUAGACUAUGACAGAUUGAAACAGGAUAUUUUAGAUGAAAUGAGAAAGGAAUUAACAAAACUAAAAGAAGAAUUAAUUGAUGCAAUUCGGCAAGAACUGAAUAAGUCAAACACAACAUAGAAAGACUAGGACUAAGCCAUUGUGACCACUGGUCUUGGCAUAAAGUCAACUACAUUUUGUGAGCUGUUAGAAGAAAUGGAAAAACACACUAAGAAGAAGAAGAAAGAGCAAGAUUCUGAAAACUUUCAGACGUCACUAUUUCCCUUUGCUGCUGUUUUCUGACUUUGAACAGGGUGGAAAAUAGUCUUAAAUUGUGAUGACGAUUUAUGCAGAAAAUCCUAUACUGUCGGACAAGAUCACAGUGCAUUGAAAUGUUUUCAUAUCAAAAUGAAGCUGCAUAUUCAUGGUUCAUUAAGAUACAAAAAAAGGAGUAAAAUUGGAGAAGGCUUUUCAAAGAGGUUUUCUUAAGGAAGGAUUUAGCAAGCUGUACUGUUGAACAAAUGUGUAUCUCAGGUUAGUCUUCCUAUCAUAUCAGCUAUUUCUAUUAAAGAUUGAACAUGACUUCGGUUUACAAAAUAGUGCAGAUAGGAAAGUGUGCUGAAAAACACAAUGCAGACGAAUACGAAAUAGAGGAAGCGUGUUUUAGAAUCUCGUGAUAAGAAACCUCUCUUGUUAGCCUUCGUGCAGUUCUGUAGGGGGAAAAUGCAAAUGCUGUCCAGAAUAUAAAGAUAUAGAUGCCUUCCUAAAAUGUUAUGCUUUACCAAAUCUAAAAGUUCUCCAGAAUACCAAUCAAUGGUCAAAUGUAAAUUGUUAGAUUGUUAUAGACUUACCAUAGGUUUUUGAGCUUUUACAAAUUUAUGCAUGUAGACAUUUUUUUGUAAUAUAACACAACCACAGAGUUGGCUUUUUAAUUUAAAACAUUCUUGCAUGCCACAAAUAUUAAGUAGCCCUUUUUUCCCAUUAAGGUCUAGUUAAUGCCCAGGGGGAAAAAAAACUUGGGAAUCAUUGUAGGGUUGAGAAUAGGGGUGAUUUUUUUAAUUUAAAACAUUUGUAUUAAUUGCUGCACUAUUUUUCCUUUUAUUGCAUGCAUGUGUAAUAAGAAGGAAAAUGUUGUGACUUAUCAGUAAUCAUGUUAAAUAGAACCAGGUACUUAAUACUUUUUUGUAUCAUUUCAUUUGUAUUACGAAACUAAGUAAUGCCUCAAUAAUGGCAUUACCAACUGUUUUUGUUCUUUUCUCAGCUUAAAGUUAAGCAUUAAGCAUCAUGGUAAUACUGAGAGGUGAUUUUUAAAAGAUAUAUAUAAAAAUAAUACCAUACCCUUCCCACACAACAGCUAGUUACACUGUGUAUUGAGGCAAAUCUCAUUUAAAUUUGGGGAGGGGGAGCUGGAGAGUCGUAAUCAGUGCAAAAUGCUGUGCUUCCAAUCAUUUAUUGCAGUUGUUCUCAGCCUGUGGGUCCCCAGAUGUUUUGACAUUCAACUCCCAGAAGUCCUAACAGCUGGUAAACUGGCUGGGAUUUCUGGGAGUUGUAGGCCAAAACACCUAGAGACCCACAGGUUAAGAACUACUGCUUUAAAGUAACGAAGGAUAACUUGUUCCCUUCCAGAUGUGGUUGUACCACAUGUUCUAUUAAUAAUAGCCACCACAGCCAGUGGGAAUCCAAGAUGGGAAUUGUUGUCCAUUUGCACCUGGAAGGCCACAUUCUCCAUCCCGGCUUUAAAUCCAGGUUGUGUGAUUGAUUGCCAACAAGCUAUGAGAUCAUGCAAUCUUUUGUCUCCGUGCUCUCCGCAGCAACCAUUCUCCUCCUUUCCACUUAGACCCCAAGAGUUAUGAAGGGUUGCAUAAUCGCUAGUUCUAUUUUACCCAGGAUUUGAAAAUGGUUACUAUCAGUGCAGCCUAUAAUGAUGGUCGCGGCUGGUUUAAUUUGAUGCGAGAUGGGUGGAAAUCCGCAUAUGAGUUUUCUCAUGCAUUGGGCAUGUAGUUAACAAUCAAACAUUGAUGCAGAAAGUCACAAGACAGGAAAAGUCUUAAGAGCAGAGUAGCAACAGUAUAUUUUUAGGAACACAGAAAGUCACAUAGUAUCAUCUCCUAUCCCAACUUCUAAAUCUUUAUUACAUUUUCCCAUGCAGAAUUUAGGAAAAGAUGAGAGAAGGAGAGAUCCUUCAAUUAAAUUUUGUGAUUUGACAAAAGAAGUUCAAACAAGCACCCAGUGCUCAGGAGUUAAUGCUAUAAUAGUGCCAUAUUUAUUUCGUGAUCUGUUCUCAUUUGGAAGUGACUUCUAGUUUGAACGUACCUACUCAUUUUCUUAGAUCAUCCAGAUCCAUCCAAUUUAGUUCACAAGAAAGUUUUAAUUAGCACGUCCUGCCAAGCGUUAGACAGCAAAGCAAAUUAACCAUUGUUAUUACUGCUCAGAGGCUUGAAUGAAGCCAUCAUUUCCCCUUACUUUCUACAAGACAUAAGUAUGGCAAGUAAAACAUAACCCCAAAUCAGUGGUAACUUCUAAAAAAAGUUCUCUUUGCAUACAUUAGUUGAAGGCAUUUAAAUCUCAAGGCAAAUAAUGUUGAUCCCAUUGACAGGAGGCAUUUCCAUCUUUUGAAAGUAAUUUCUGUUUAGACGGUAAUUAAACGUAAACACUUGCUCUUUCCAGAAUCAUGUUUGCUUUUGUUUCUAAAGACAAUUUUGAGAUUGUCUAGGAGAAUGUUACAAGCGUAAGUGGUCCAAAGGUAAGGAAAUUAAGUUACUGAUUGUGAAUGAAACUGGUUAAUGCACUAAACGUUUUGUGCCUUGGUCUAAAGUUAACAUGAUUUCUGUGUAAAAGGAAAAAAAAGAAGCAGAGGUCUUUGUACUCUUUCUACAUGCAUAGUUACAUAAUCCUGAAUUGGACCGCUCUGAAAGAUCUAGUUUUAGUUCAGUUGUAAAUUCCAGCUGUUACUACUAACAGCUAUGCCAUUGCCAGAUUAUUCCUGUAAUUAAAAUUAGCUGCAGUCUAUUAGGUUAUUUUAAUUACUGUUCUUUAAAAAUGUUACGAUGGUUCCUGUGCUUUUGUACAGCGGAUGCCUUAAGCUGAAUAUGGUUUAGGGGAUCACUUUUAAUUCCAGGAAGGUAUUGCUUUCCUCAACACUGUGAUCUGAUCUGUGAUAAAUCUGUCCUAUCCAUACACAAGUGGCUAACAAGUCAAUUGCAUACAAACUGAAUGUACAAAUCUUAGUGCUGGUGCUGAAAUCUCUUCAGAGUUGUCAUGAAACAUUGUUCAAAAAGUUUGAGAGCAUCAAGUGUCAAUCAAAACUGAAGAUGAAACACUAAUGAAUGUUGAAUUUUCAUGCAUUUAGUUUUACCUCCUUUUGAGUUUUCCAGUUAAUUCUCUGCUAUUUUUACCAUAUUGUGUCAUUUUAAAAUUUCUUAAAUGCUAACUUUGUUUUGUUUGAGCAGAUGAAAUAAAAUUGCAAUAUAUA